UCUUAACACUGUGAAUAUUUUCAAAUAUCUACCCUACUAGUAUUCUAAUCAUUUAUAUAAAUUGUAUUUAUUUUCAAUUUAUUUCAUUGCAGGCAGAAGAAAUCGUAAAAGGGCUUUACACAAAAGUAUGAUGGAUGGAGCAGGUGAAAAGCCAUUUCCUUGCACUGAAUGUGACAAAUCCUUUGCAGCAAAAAAAUAUUUAAUUUAUCAUCAGAGGAUUCAUACAGGGGAAAAGACAUUUAUGUGUUCAGAAUGUGACAAGAGCUUCUUACGAAAGAGUGAACUUAUUCAGCAUCUGAGGAUUCACACAGGAGAGAAGCCAUAUCACUGUUCUGAAUGUGAUCAAAAAUUUUCACACCAUAGUUCAUUGACUGAUCACAAGAUGAUUCACACAGGAGUGGGGCCAUAUCAGUGUACUGAAUGUGAUAAAUAUUUCAACAACAAAGCACUUCUCACAAGACAUCAGAGGGUUCACACAGGAGAGAAGCCUUUCAGAUGUUCAGAAUGUAACAAGUGCUUCUCAAGAAUAUUCAAUCUUUAUGCACAUCAGAGGAUCCACACAGGAGAGAAGCCAUUUAGAUGUUCAAAAUGUGCAAAGUGCUUCUCACAAAAGUCACAUCUGACUAAACACCUAAAAAUACAUACAUAGGGAAGUCAUUUAGAUGUCCAGAAAGUGCUUAAUACAAAAAGAAAGAAUGUUCUUGUGAUCAGAAGACUUAUAGGAAAGAGGCUGUGCCUUUGUUCUUAACCACUUGACCUCUGGAAGAUUUACCCCCCCUUCAUAACCAGGCCAUUUUUAUUUAUUUUUUUGCAA